AUGGUUCUGGAAAGCAAAGGAAAUAAGCCUUCAUUUUUCUUGAAACACCUCCUUCUCAAAAUAGCAGGAACCAUCUGUAGCCUUCAUCAAGUAGAUGGGUUUGAUGCCUUUAAUCUGCAGAGACUCAAAGGAGUCAGACUCCCAAGAUGUGAGUCUCCAGUAUGUGGUGUGGACACAGGCCAGCACUUUGGGGACAAUCCAUUUGGGUCUGCACCAGAUGGAGCAAGAGCAGCUCCAGUGAUAAACCGAUUCACAAGGCGUGCCUCCGUAUGCGCAGAAGCUUAUAAUCCUGAUGAAGAAGAAGAUGAUGCGGAGUCCAGGAUUAUACAUCCCAAAACUGAUGAUCAAAGAAAUAGAUUGCAAGAGGCUUGCAAAGACAUCUUGCUGUUUAAGAACCUGGAUCCGGAACAGAUGUCUCAAGUAUUAGAUGCCAUGUUUGAAAAGUUGGUCAAAGAGGGAGAGCAUGUGAUUGAUCAAGGUGAUGAUGGGGACAACUUUUACGUAAUUGAUAGAGGAACAUUUGAUAUUUAUGUAAAAUGUGAUGGUGUUGGAAGAUGUGUUGGUAACUAUGAUAAUCGUGGGAGUUUUGGUGAACUGGCCUUAAUGUACAAUACACCCAGAGCAGCUACAAUCACGGCUACCUCUCCCGGUGCUCUGUGGGGUUUGGACAGGGUAACCUUCAGGAGAAUAAUUGUCAAAAACAAUGCCAAAAAGAGAAAAAUGUAUGAAAGCUUUAUUGAGUCACUGCCAUUCCUUAAAUCAUUGGAGGUUUCAGAACGCCUGAAAGUGGUAGAUGUGAUAGGCACCAAAGUUUACAAUGAUGGAGAACAAAUCAUUGCUCAGGGAGAUUUGGCUGACUCUUUUUUUAUUGUAGAAUCUGGAGAAGUGAAAAUUACUAUGAAAAGAAAGGGUAAAUCAGAAGUAGAGGAGAACGGGAACGGUGCUGUAGAAAUCGCCCGAUGUUCUCGGGGACAGUACUUUGGAGAGCUUGCCUUGGUAACAAACAAACCCCGAGCAGCUUCUGCGCAUGCCAUUGGAACUGUGAAGUGCUUAGCCAUGGAUGUGCAAGCAUUUGAAAGGCUUUUGGGACCUUGCAUGGAAAUUAUGAAAAGGAACAUCGCCACCUAUGAAGAGCAGUUAGUUGCCCUGUUUGGAACAAACAUGGAUAUUGUUGAACCCACUGCAUGAAGCAAAAGUAUGAAGCAAGAAGACCUAUAGUGAAAAAUUAACACAGUAGUGGUUAGUCCACUGAGGAUGUGUUUGUGUAGAUGCCAAGCAUUUUCUGUGAUUUCAGGUUUUUUCCUUUUUUUACAUUUACAAUGUAUCUGUAAACAGUAGUGAUUUAAUAAUCAGUAGGCUUUAACAUCACUUUCUAAUGAGUAGUUCAUAAAAAAAACAUAUUGAUAAAAUGACUUUCUACUCCACAAAAUUUGACUGAAAGUUUUAUUCCGAUGAUUGUAAUAUAUUGAAAGAAUUCAUGUUUAAGAAGAUUAAAAGACAUUAUUAUAGGCAAUAUGUGUUUGACUUACUCGAGUUGAUACCCCACCCGUGACUGUGCCCAUGUUGGGGGGAACUUGGCAAUGACUCAUGCUACCCAGCAUGGCAUCGCAUUCUUUUUAUAACUCAUUAUGUAUAGCAAAGUUUCAAUCAUUCUCAUUUUAAAGUUUUUUCUGGCUUGAUAAGUUAUGUGUUGGCCUUGGUCUAUUGGUAAAAUGGUAUGAAACAUAUGCAAUUUUUAAAUUUUUUAUAUUUUUGCAAUAAAGUACAUUUUGACUUCUUGGCAUAAUGUCAGUAACAUACUCCAGUAGUUUUAGGGACUGGCAAUUUAGUCAUGAUAAUAGGUAGAUGAAAGAUAAUGUAUAUCUUGCUUCUUUUCUUCAUUCUGUAUCGCCCAUAAUUCUCUAGCUUUAGAAGCUUGAUUUGGACAAUGAGUCCAAAGACUUGGAGUCUUCUCUUCAAACUUAAACUUGUUAAAUCUGACAUUUUUCAUCUUCUAAAAGGUCUUAUACUUAACAUAUUUGGGACUGUUUUAUCUCUAAGCCCACAGCUACUUCUGUGUUCCUCAGCAGGCCUAAGUGGCACUGUCUCUGGCACACGUGCCCAUGUUUUUCUGUUCUCUGGCUGCCAACUGCAGUGUCACUCAUUGAUAGCCCAUGAGGUUUGGUUGGCCUUUUACUCAUGAAAAACUUGUUGACAGUAGUAGAAAUAAUUUUUGUAAGCUAUGUUUAUUAAUAAAAGGAAUUGCUGUUAUUCCACAUACACCGUAAGUAUGGAAAACUUAAAAUGUACUCAUUGCAUUUGACUGCUUAUAUGCUUAUUCUGCCAAAUAAAAGUGGAUUUUAGUUUUAUCCAACCAAAGCAAUAUACUCAACAUGAUUUUAGACCCUGUGACAAAAUGUAUAGACACAUUAAUUCUACCCAUUGCUUUAAAUGUAUUUUCAUUGUGGGAAACACAUCUUAGAACAUAUACAACAUACACGCAUUCACAUGGGAAAAAUUAAUCUGUGGCUGUUUUGGUCUUAUUAGAGAAUGUUUAUGGACUUAUACCUGAAAAUAUGGCUAGAUAUUAAUUGGAUAAUGUAUAUACAACAAGUUAAUGUAAACUAACUUCAGCCACAUUUUAAGAGUAUUUAACAUUUUUACAAAAUCUAUUAGUAAAAGGGAAGUCUAUAUGAAGACUUGUUUUCUAUUUUACAUUUAUUUGAAAAGUCAUGUCUGUUAAGAAAAAAACUCGAAGUUCCUAGUUCAUCAAUUUGUAUUAUUAUUUUUCUGUUGUAUAAGCUGAUGGUUAACUAUCCACAGAACAGUGAAAACAUGCCUAUUUAAUAAAGAACUCUGACCAAGGCUGUAAAUACCAAUUAUGUUAUUUUCAGUAUUGUUGGUUAUAUUUAAAUUUUCCUUAUAAUAAAGCACACUUUUAUAGUAAAA